AAUGAUUGCUUUUACAGCCCUCCAAAAAAGCCUAUAAAAAGAGUCUGUGCUCUGUGUCUUUUAUAAAUGUAGUUGACAUGCUGUGAUUGGCUACAGCUAAUCACAUGGUACAGGGUGUCAGGUACCAUGUGAUAGCUGUGGGCCAAUCACAGCUUCACAACAGUAAGCAAGCAGUCAUGACUGUUUUGUUUACAUUGUAAUCAUGUGAUCACUGUAAUUGAUCAUGAUACCUCAA